AAUGAAGUGAGAGAAAAAUUAUAAGAUCUUAUGUUCAAACUUCAGUGGAGUAAGAAAAACAGAAGUGAUUUCUUCUCAUCUGUCUUAAGUCUUGGUAGAUAGAGUUACCCGGUACAUGUACUCAUCGAAUGGUAUAAGAACUGGAUGGAAUAGUUGAGAUGCGUGCAAAGUGACUCGACACGAUGAGAUCUCAGGUUCAACUUCAGCAGAAAUUUCUUUCACGUCUGUCUGAAUUCUUGGUGGAAAGGAUUAUCGAUACUUGUACUCAUUGAAGGUAACAAGAAGUGGAUGGAAUAGUCGAACUGGACACAAACUGACCCAACACGGGGACACCCAAAUCCCAAUUGUCAUGCAUAGUUCAACUCGUCGCCCCAAACAUCCUGCUAAUCCUAACAACUAAAAACAACAAUAAAAACUUCGACAAACAUCGUGUUGGUACAUGUCUUGUUUAAUAUACUAAUUUACACAAUAAAUAAUAUUCUUAGUUGUUUCCGCUUUCACGUCUUCAUUUCGGAAUCUUUAGCAGCUUUGCUUUGCCUUGUCUACAACGUCAAAGCUGUCUAAAAUAGUAAUACACACAUAUUAUAGAAACUUUGUAAUGGAGAUCACUAAAAACCAAAUAUUCCUAAUUUUUUUUGACAUUAUUUGGAUUAUACCUAAUUUUCCUAUUAUUUUUUUUUUUUUGUCAUUAUUUGAAUUAUACCCAUGUUCAAUUUCACUUCACCUAAUGCCACUGGUAAAUUCUCAGGCUAUCAUUACUUAUCUAUAGUCCACAAAGUCAAGGCUGCCACGACCAGAAUGAAAAGGCUAGCUCCUUUAACGCGUAGAACCACGAUCCUAUUUUUCAUGUGGUUUCUGGUGGUGGAAUCAGCUGAUGAGAUCAAUGAAUUUUAUCCAAAUGAAAGAGAUUCGUUGUUGCAGCUUAGAGAUAGUGUAAAUUCAAGUGUUUUCAGUUUGCAUUCACAUUGGACAGGUCCUCCUUGUUACAACAACCAGAGUAGAUGGGCUGGAAUUGCUUGUUCUAAUGGGCAUGUCAUUAAACUUGUUUUAGAAGGAAUUCAGCUAACUGGUUCUCUUCCAUCAACAUUCUUGAAUCACAUAACCUAUUUGACAAAAAUCAGCUUUAGAAACAAUUCAUUGUAUGGUCCUGUUCCCAACCUCAUAGGACUAAUCUACCUACAAUUUGUGUUUCUUUCGGAUAACCGGUUUUCGGGUUCGAUUCCGUUCGGGUACAUCGAGUUACAGAAACUAACAGAAUUAGAGCUCCAGGGGAAUGAUCUUGAAGGUUCAAUUCCACCAUUUGAUCAACAAACUUUGAUUGCUUUCAAUGUGUCUUCGAAUAAACUCGAAGGACCUAUUCCUGAAACUUCUGUUUUGAAAAGAUUUUCGAAGAGUUCUUAUGUGAAUAACUCGAAUUUGUGUGGUGGGGUUAUAGGAAUACCUUGUUCAAUACCACCUGCAAAUCCACCAAAAGCACCUGAUGAAAAGAAAAAGAAUGGGCUUAAAGUAUGGAGUAUUGUUUUGAUAGCAGCAGCAGCACUUGUUCUUCUUUCAAUCAUGUCCAUUUUACUAUGUUACCUUAGAAGAUCUAAAAGAAAAGAAACACAAGGAGAAGACAAGCAAGGUAAUAUUUCAACAGAGAAUGUAAAAAAGAGAAGUUAUUGGUCAGAGAGCACAGAAGAUCCAGAAAGAGCAAUGGACUUAGUAUUCUUUGACAAGGAUAUGCCAAUCUUUGACAUGGAUGACUUGCUAAGGGCGUCAGCUGAAGUGUUGGGAAAAGGAAAGCUAAGCACAACAUAUAGAGCAAUCCUGGAAUCUGGUGCUGUUAUUGCUGUUAAGAGACUCAAAGAAAUGAAUUCUUUGAGCAAGAAGGAAUUCACCCACCAGAUGCAGUUGCUUGGAAAGCUGAAGCAUGAAAACCUAGCGGAGAUGAUUUCCUUCUACUAUUCCAAGGAGGAGAAGAUCAUUGUCUAUGAAUAUGUUCCCCAGGGAGACUUGUUCGAGCUUUUACAUGAAAACAGAGGAAUUGGGAGACUACCAGUAAACUGGAAGGCAAGAAUAUCCAUCAUAAAGGAUGUGGCAAAAGGUCUGAAUUUCUUACACCAGUCCUUACCAUCACAUAAAGUACCUCAUGGAAACAUCAGAUCAAAAAAUGUUCUGAUCCAUCAAGACCCCCAAAACAAGAACUACCAUUCCAAGUUGACAGAUUAUGGAUUAUUGCCUUUGCUACCAUCUAAAGAAUCCUCAAGCAAAUUAGCAGUUGGAAAAUCUCCAGAGUUCUGUCAAGGGAAAAAACUAACAAGAAAAGCUGAUAUCUAUUGCUUUGGGAUUCUUUUGUUGGAAGUGAUCACUGGAAAAGUACCAGGUGAAUUAUUCUCACCAGAAAAUGGGACCAAUAUUGUGGAUGAUGGUCUCUCAGAAUGGGUAAGGACAGUGGUGAAUCAUGAUUGGUCAACUGAUAUUUUGGAUAUGGAAAUACUUGCACAAAAGGAAGGGUAUAAUGAAAUGUUGAAGCUUACUGAAUUGGCUUUACAGUGUACAGAUGAGGCACCAGAGAAGAGGCCUAAGAUGAGUGAAGUGUUUAGGAGAAUAGAAGAAAUUGAGGUUGAACAAAAGAGAUUAGUCAAUGAUGUGGAAGAUGAUUCAGUUUCUUAGUUCAAGUUUCUCUCUACAACUGUAAUCAAUAAAGUUAGAAAUUUAGGAAGCGGCUUUUUUGCUCAAGGGCAGAGUUAACUUAGUUUUAUGAUAUCUUUCUCAUUUCACAAGUUAAUUCUUUUGUAGAUAUUGAUAUUUUCCCAAUAUUAUUCAUCUCUUACUUGAUGAAAACAUCCUUUUGAAUUAACAUAUA